AUGCCCCGGCAUCUGUUUUUUUAUUAUGCGGUGCUGAUCUGCGUGCUGUCGAUAUGCAGCUGCAGCAGUGGGGCUGCGACCGAUGAUCAAAAGGGUGCUGUGGGCCCACUUAAAGGGACAACAUCGAUAGAUGGUGCCAAAUGGGAGGAAAUGCAAUGCGUCGAAGGGUCAGUCACCUCGCUGCGUGUCCCCAGCCUUGUGGAGGUGGACGGUGAUGUGUUUGCCGUUGCGGAGGCUCAGUACAAGAAGAAAGGCAGCGAAGAAGCUGUCAGCGUUGCUGGAAUUGCGUCGGUGCUCCUGAAGGAAGGUGAAGCAGGCCCUACGGAGAUCUCGACGGUGGGCACGAGUUUCCUUCACAUGCAGCUGCUGAAGGGCAGUGACGCGGCUGAGAAGGCAACGGAGAUAAUGCAGCCGACGACAAUUGUAGUAGGCAACGAUGUCUACAUGCUGCUGGGAAACUACAGCCGCACAACGCCGAAAGCUGAAGCUUCCGGUAAGGACGGGUGGAAGCUUUUGCUGGUGAAGGGAACAGUCAGUAGAACCAGUAAUGAGGAAAAGAAAAUUCAGUGGGGUGAGACCCAUGCAGUGCAGCUUGAAUCUCGAAUUCAUGGUUCUUUGACUCGGUUGGUUGGGGGCGGAGGGUCGGGUGUUGUGCUGCAGGACGGCUCGCUUGUGUUCCCCAUGCAGGCCACAGACACGAAGAAUGGAAAGGGCGUUUUUCUGGCCAUGCAACUCACCCAGGUAGAGAAUAAAUGGGAGCUUUCUCGGCAGAUGGCGGAAAUUGGGGGCUACAGGGAUCCAGCCAUAGUGGAGUGGGAUGACGACGAGAAACUCCUCGCACUGGUUCCCUGCAAGGAUGGCUACUACGACGUGUACAAGGGUCUUGGGGCCGGCAGAAGCUGGCACCCGGUGCGCGAGCCAAUUUCCCGCGUGUGGGGCAACUCACUGAAGCGUCAAGGGGAAGGCGUGCGAAGCGGCUUCAUCACUGCAGCCAUCGAGGACAAGAAGGUGAUGCUGCUUACCCUGCCGGCGUAUUCGGAGGAGAAAGGAAAGGGCCAGCUGCAUCUUUGGGUGACAGACAAUGCCCGUGUGCACGACGUUGGGCCGGUAUCCAAUGAAGAGCAUGACGCUGCCGCCAGCUCCCUGCUGUACAGAAAGAAGAGGAAUAAGGAGGAUGAGUUGGUUUUGCUGUACGAGAAGAAAAAUGAUGCGGAUGACUCAUUCAGCCUUGUCUCUGUGCGCCUGACUGACAAGCUGCCGUGGAUAAAAGAAGUGGUGAAAACUUGGAAAGAAAUGGACGCCGCACUAAAAAGCUGCACUUCCGGUGGCACUUUCGACCCGCGAGCGAAGGGCAUGUGUAAUGGCCCUAUUCCCACGGAAGGGCUGGUUGGCUUUUUGUCCAACACAUUAACGGAUGGAACUGAUGCUGGGACCGUAUGGGUCGACGAGUACCUCGGCGUGAAUGCAACGGUGAAGACUGGAGAACUGGCAAGCGAUGAGUGGGGCGUGACGUUCAAAGGCGUUGGGGCGGGGCGGAGUGGCCGGUGG